AUGUCGCCGUCCCCACCACCCUCCUCCUCCUCGGACGUGCCUACCGCCGUUUCGACCCUUCUUGGUCUCACAAAGCAACUCCAAGACGUGCUACGACUCUGGAGUGUAGACCAGGCGAGCGAGGAGCAGGUCAGCGACGCGUUCGUGUUGGUUGGCAUGCAGUUCAACGCAACCGUCAACGCAUUCUCGCGGCAUCGUAUUGACAUGGGUGAUCUUCUCUCGAUACCAAACGAUCUCCGCGUGGUGCUCGAGAAGUGCCUCGGCGAAGAACCAUCGCCGCGCACUCUCGAACGAUACAUGCCCAGGGUCCGCACGGUGCUCUUCCGCCUACUCCAAGGCCUGCAGCGCAAGCAAGCGCCGUACUGGAAGGCAGUCGAAGGUUCUCGCUGGGUCGUGCCCGCGGUCGACGAGUACACCCGCUACCGCUGA